CAGUACCUGUCCAAAGAUCACCAUAGACCCACCUUGUCUGAGCAAUAGCACGACCACACUGGUGAAUCAGAAUGUAUCUGAUGAAGAGGCUCAGGGAAUAAAUGGAAACACGCCAGCAAAACACCCCGCUGCAAGUCCAAAGCCACAAGUGCCUCCAAAACCAUUACAUCUACAGAGUUCACCUUCAGCCGAUAGCUGCCAGGCCCCCCGAUACAAAGCUUCAUCUGGUGCAAAACCAAGGAUGGAGGGGAUGCAAGCUGCGGCAGCUUCUCGAGUCCCGAAGGAAAAGCCCAGCAAGGUGUCCGACCUCAUCAGUCACUUCGAGGGGGGCAGCUCAUUAUCAACUUUCAGUGAUCCGAAGAAGGAAUCUGCGGUGAGCCUGAACACCCUGAGGACCCCCGGGAGGCCUGGGCUGACCAGCACCCCUCAGCACAAGCUAUCCUCCAAGCAUGCACCCCUGAAGCAAGAAAAUGAUACAGACCAAGCUCCGGGCGAGCCAACCAGUCUGGCUAAUGGCUUGAUGGCAGCGCCAGACCAGAGUGAACACGAACAGGACCAGCAGGCCAGUGUAAGCCCAGAACCGCCCUCUGAGACAGCUGAGCCCUUGCUCGACAUGAAAUUAGUGAAUGGAGAGAAAGAAGAGACCCCCACGAGCCCUGUGUCUCCCACCACCCAGGAUGCAGGUGAGGGAGACACAGCAGAAGCAGGUGCAGAAGAAGCAGCUAUGGACAGGAAUGGCAGGACUGCAGAGGAGGGCCCAGGGCUCCCCCUGGAAGAGGACAGCAUGGAAGCAGCAGACACCACUCAGGAGAGGGAAGACGGAGAGCAUCCUCCGGACCUGGGCCAGCCAGAACUGCCCCCUGAAGUAAAGGAGACGAAUGAGCAAAAACUGCACAAAAUAGCCAAUGAACUUCUGCUCACAGAAAGAGCUUAUGUCAGCCGACUUGACCUCUUACAGGUAUUUUAUUGCAAACUAUUGGAAGAAGCAAACCGAGGCUCAUUCCAAGCAGAGAUGGUGAAUAAAAUCUUUUCUAAUAUUGCAUCCAUACAUGCCUUCCAUAGUAAAUUCCUACUGCCAGAGUUGGAAAAACGAAUGCAAGAAUGGGACACUACCCCAAGAAUUGGUGACAUCCUUCAGAAAUUGGCCCCAUUCCUUAAGAUGUAUGGAGAAUAUGUGAAAGGAUUUGACAAUGCGAUGGAAUUGGUCAAAAACAUGACAGAGCGCAUCCCCCAGUUCAAAUCGGUGGUUGAGGAAAUUCAGAAGCAGAAGGUCUGUGGGAGCCUGACGCUGCAGCACCACAUGCUGGAGCCUGUGCAGCGCAUCCCCCGCUAUGAGCUGCUCCUCAAGGACUACCUGCGAAAGCUGCCCCCCGAGUCUGACGACUGGGGCGACGCUAAGAAAUCACUUGAAAUUAUAUCUACAGCAGCGAGCCAUUCGAACAGUGCAAUAAGAAAAAUGGAGAACCUAAAGAAACUCAUAGAAAUUUAUGAGAUGUUGGGAGAAGAAGAAGACAUUGUCAACCCUUCCAAUGAACUCAUAAAAGAAGGGCAGAUCCUCAAGCUUGCAGCUCGGAACACAUCAGCCCAGGAACGCUACCUGUACCUGUUCAACAACAUGCUGCUGUACUGUGUGCCGAGGUUCAGCCUGGUGGGCUCCAAGUUCACAGUUCGAAACAGAGUUGGCCUCGAUGGAAUGAAAAUCAUUGAGACUCACAACGAGGAAUACCCACACACGUUCCAGGUGUCUGGGAAGGAGCGGACGCUGGAGCUGCAAGCCAGCUCUGAGCAAGAUAAAGAAGAGUGGAUCAAGGCCCUUCAAGAGACCAUUGAUGCUUUCCAUCAGAGAAACGAAACCUUCAGAAAUGCAAUUGCAAAGGAUAACGAGGUGCACUCUGAGGUCUCUACUGAUGAGCUAGGCAAGCGAGCCCCCAAGUGGAUCCGAGAUAAUGAGGUGACCAUGUGUAUGAAAUGUAGGGAAUCCUUCAAUGCUCUGACCAGGAGGCGGCACCACUGCCGGGCCUGUGGACACGUGGUGUGCUGGAAGUGCUCUGACUACAAGGUCCCCCUUGAAUAUGAUGGAAAAAAACUGAGCAAAGUGUGUAAAGACUGUUUUCAGAUCAUAUGUGGUGGGUUCACAGACAGUGAAGAAAAGAAAAGGAAAGGAAUUUUAGAGAUUGAAUCAGCAGAAGUGUCUGGAAACAGUGUGGUGUGCAGCUUUCUUCAAUACAUGGAGAAGUCCAAGCCCUGGCAGAAAGCUUGGUGUGUGAUCCCCAAACAAGACCCUCUUGUGCUGUACAUGUACGGCGCCCCCCAGGAUGUGAGGGCCCAGGCCACCAUCCCGCUGCUGGGCUACGUGGUUGACAGCCUGCCCCGGAGUGCAGACCUGCCUCACAGCUUCAAGCUGACCCAGUCCAAGUCUGUGCACAGCUUCGCCGCCGACAGCGAAGACCUGAAACAGAAGUGGCUGAAGGUCAUCUUCCUGGCGGUCACAGGUGAGACCCCAGACGACCCAGAUGAGCCUCCGGCCUCCUCAGACGAUCAUCCCGAAACCAAGAGGAAGUCCGAGGGCUGAGCCUGGCCUGGGUGCGGGCAUCUUCCCUGACGGCUCAAGACACUCCCGGUGCCCCCACGCACCUCUUAGCACUUUAUGUCGGAAACAUAGACUGGGAUGCAUCUUUGGGGUGGUCACCGUGUGUCUGUGUGCUCUUUGUGAAAUAGAUACGCAGAGCCAUUCUACUGAUGAACGUCUGGAAUAAUGUGAAAAAGCAGCAUUUUUAAUGGGCUACCCCUUGAAUCUGUUCUUGUGUCUUGAAGGAAAUGGGUGUCUGUGAUUCUCUCACUGUUGGGUUAGGGUAGGAUUUUAAGAAAUCCUCUAGUGUCUCCUCUUGCACAUACUGUAGGAUUGCAACAGUUUGAAAGAUAUACCUCUGUGUUGCCAAAACAGAUCUGCUGUAAAAAAAAAAAAAAAAA